UGAAGUUGUGUGUGUGAGUGAUGGCGGACGGAGCUCGAGCUGUGAAAUCGCUCUCGGCAAGUUCGCGGAGUUGUGGCUUAGUGUUGACCACGGGCACGAUGGCGAGACUUACACUGAUUGUUUUAUGUGUUGGGAUUAUGACCCAUGUCACUUUGGGGGACGAAGGACUAGAUUUAGAUGAGAUAGAACGUGAAAAUGUUGCCGCGGGCAGUCGUGAUUGUUACGAUGCUAAUGGGAGACCCCAGCGAUGUAUGCCAGAAUUUGUUAACGCUGCCUACAAUUUAGAUGUGGAAGCUUCCAACACGUGUGGAGUCUCCCGACCUAUAGAAUAUUGUCUGCAAACGGGUGCUACUCGGGUGAGGAAAUCGUGCCACCAGUGUAACGAUGCGGACCCCAGCCUCCGCCAUCCACCCCACUACAUGACAGACUUCAGCAACAACCGAAACUGGACGUGGUGGCAGUCGGAGACGAUGUUACAAGGCAUGCAGUAUCCCAAUGUGGUCAACCUAACUCUGGACCUCAAAAAGGCCUAUGACAUUACCUACGUGAGGCUGCGUUUCCACUCCCCACGACCAGAGAGCUUUGCUAUUUACAAACGUACCUCCAAGAAAAGUAACUGGACCCCGUACCAGUUUUAUAGUGCUUCCUGCUACAGCACAUACAACUUACCACGCAAGACUGUGAUUACCUAUGAGAAUGAGGACCAGGCGAUCUGUACUGAUUAUUACAGUGACAUCUCACCACUCACUGGAGCUAGUGUCCCCUUCAGUACACUAGAGGGCAGACCAAGUGCCUUUGAGUUUGAAGAAAGUCAAAAAUUGCAGGAAUGGGUCACAGCCACAGACAUCAAGAUUGUGUUGACGCGGAUGAAUACAUUCGGAGAUGAAGUGUUUGGUGAUCCUCAAGUCCUGAAGUCCUACUUUUAUGCCAUCUCUGACUUGGCUGUUGGUGCUAGGUGUAAGUGUAAUGGCCACGCCAGUGGGUGUAGAAAGGUGGAAGUAGACGGUGAUAUUGAACUUGUCUGUAAUUGUCACCACAAUACCACCGGUAAUAACUGUGAGCAAUGUCUCCCUACCCACAACGACCGACCCUGGGGUAGGGCCACCGAGCGAAAUGCACAGGAGUGCCUACGUUGUGACUGUAACGGCAAGGCUGAUGGCUGUUACUUUGACCAGGACUUGUUUGCCCAGACUGGACACGGCGGCUAUUGUAUUGACUGUCGUGACAACACGGACGGGCCAAAAUGUGAGAGAUGUAAGGACAACCAUUACAGACGUCCUGAGGACAACAUGUGUACUCCCUGUAACUGUAACCCCCUAGGAUCUGAAGAUCUCCAGUGUGACAGUAUCGGGCGUUGUCAGUGUAAACCCGGAGUGACCAGCGAGAAGUGUGAUCGAUGUGAGGUCGGACACUUUGACUUUGACCAGUAUGGCUGCAAGCCAUGUAGCUGUGACCUGGCUGGCAGUCUGGUGGUGGUCAAUAACUUCCCCACCUGUAAUCCCCUGGACGGUAACUGUGAGUGUAAGGAGCUUGUGGAGGGCCGCACCUGUGAUAGGUGUAAGGUGGGCUAUUUUAAUCUGAAUACUGACAACGAGUUUGGUUGUACCUCCUGUUUCUGUUACGGCCAUUCAGACGAUUGUUCCAGCGCUGCAGGCUACUAUGCCAGGAGCAUCACCUCAGACUUUGAAACAGGUAAACAAAGGUGGACAGCAGCAGAUCGGGCCAACAAUGUUAUAGAAACCUCUUACAAUGGCAUCCUGCAGAACAUCGGUGCAUCUGCUGAUGAUGACCAGCCCGUCUACUUCCUAGCUCCAGCUCGUUAUCUUGGAGACCAGAGAUUUAGUUUCAACCAUUACCUGACCUUUGACCUGCGUAUUGGCCAGGAACGUCCACGUCCAUUGGCUGUGGACAUUGUAUUAGAGGGAUCAGGCCAGCGAAUCUCCACUGCCAUCUACACUCAGUCCAACCCCAUGCCUAGCAUUCAGAGCCAGACAUACCGGUUCCGGCUCCACCAACACCCCAAUUACCAGUGGACCCCACGGCUCCAGCCUCGUGACUUCAUCGCUAUCCUGUCCAACCUGACUGCCAUCAAAAUCCGUGCGACAUACAGUGAUGGAGGUGUUGGGUUCCUAGACAAUGUGCGCCUGGACACGGCCAGUCUGGGGUCUAAUGGUGGGGAGGAAGCUCCCUGGGUGGAGCAGUGUACCUGUCCCGAGGGAUAUGUUGGCCAGUUCUGUGAGUCCUGUGCGGCCGGUUACAUGAGGUCACCAGUGUACGGGGGUCCUUUCUCUAGUUGUGUUCCCUGUCAGUGUAACAGCCACUCCCAGAGCUGUGCUCCAGACUCAGGCCGCUGUAGGUGUGAACACAACACAGAGGGACAGAACUGUGAGAGGUGUAUCAAAGGUUACUAUGGUAACCCUCUCCAGGGUACGACUGAUGACUGUCAGAUGUGUCCCUGCCCCAAUGGAGGUGCAUGUGAACAGCUGCCUGGUGGAGACGUGGUGUGUACCGAGUGUGACGAGGGACAUGGAGGCAACCUGUGUGACAUUUGUUUGGAUGGUUACUAUGGUGAUCCUGCUGGUUUAAGUGGUGGUGCAAGGCCCUGUGUAAAAUGUUUCUGUAAUGAGAAUGUGGACACCAAUGCUGUGGGCAACUGUGACAGGACUACUGGAGAAUGUCUGAAGUGUAUCUAUAACACUGCUGGCUUCAGCUGUGGAGCAUGUCUGCCUAGUUACUAUGGCAAUGCACUUGCUGAGGAAAAGGGUGAUUGUCAAGCCUGCAACUGUUACCCGCCAGGCACCUUAAAUACUGGGGGACUAUUGUGUGACCCCACCAUUGGACAGUGCCCAUGUCUGCCCCACGUCGUUGGACGCAAGUGUGAUGCCUGUGAGGCUGGCUACUGGAACUUGGACAGUGGAGCAGGGUGUGAGGCGUGUGACUGUCUGCCAAUGGGCUCCCUCAACAAUACAUGUCAAGUGGCAGGAGGACAGUGUCAGUGUAAGCCAGGAGUGACAGGACGCCAGUGUGACCAGUGUAAACCGUUCUACUAUGGCUUCUCUGAUACAGGCUGUACAGCCUGUAACUGCGACCCUGAGGGCUCUACCAACCUGCAAUGUGAUAAUUCUGGCAAUUGUGCCUGUCAACCCAACAUUGAGGGUCAGCACUGUGACCGCUGUAAGGAGAAUAAGUACAACAUUACGGCUGGCUGUUUAGAUUGCCCUGCCUGUUACUCCUUGGUCCAGGACCGUGUCAAUGCUCACCGUAAUAAACUCACUGAUCUGAACAACCUCAUCAUCAAUAUUGGCAACAACCCCAGUGCCUUCAAUGACACCGAGUUCCUGAGCUACAUGAAUCAGGUCAAUGACUCUGUUAUCAUGCUGUUGGAUGAAGCCAGGGGAGCAGUCAGUGACAAUGGAACUUUGGGGCGCCAGUUGUCUGAGCUGAAGAUGGCUGUUAAAGACGUUUUAGCGAGUGCUGGAGUUAUUACGUCCAACAUCCACUCCGCAGAGCAGUCAUCUCGGGACAGCGAACAGGAUGUGCAGCAGGCACAGAAUGCUAUCAACCGUGCAGAGCAGACUCUGCAGGCUGCCGAGACCUACAUCGACAUGGAGGGUCGCAAGGCACUUCAACAGGCACAGAACGCCCUCAACCAGUUUGGGCAGCAGUCCGCUCAGAUGACAGAAAUUGCCAACAAGGCUCGCAAUGAGUCAAUGAAACAAAAGGAAGAGGCAGAUAGGAUUGAAGGUAUAGCCAACAUGGCUCUUAACAUGUCCCGUGAUGCCCGGCGUAUGGCUGAGGAAACCUUGAGGGUACCCGACCAGACAAAGGACGACAUUCAACGCCUUGCUCAACAAUACGAGGAGACAGACCGUCUGUACAAUAGGACAAAAUUGUUUGCUGACAAUGUAAAGGAGCGUGCCAAGGAAGCAUACGAGGAGGCUCUGGAACUGUACGCAGAUGCAACCAAGAUCAAACUUCCCAACAUAGAUGUACCUACACUCAUCGGCAACACCUCACAGAUAAAGGCAGAGGCCAGUGAUAUCAAGGAGGAGGCUGAACGUCUCAUCCAACAGAACAAACAGCUCCUUGAGGAUGUCGACAGUCAGAAAGGCGAGGCCAAUGCUCUUCUCAAGAGUGUGAUGGGUAAACAACAGAGAAUUGAUGAACUUUUGGCUGAGGUGGACGCUGCCAGAGCCAUGGCCAGAGAGGCUGUAGACAAGGCAGAAAAGACACUCCAGGAGGCUAACAACACCCUUCAGACACUGCUAGCCUUUGACAAGGAUGUACAGAACAGUAAGGGCGAGGCAGAUGCUGCCCUACAGAAGAUCCCACAGAUACAAGACAUGAUCCAGGAGGCGGAGAACAAGACCAAGGAGGCCAGCGAUGCCUUGACUGGGGCAGAGAAUGACGCAAACAUGGCAUUGUCCCUGGCUAGGCAGGCUCAAGACACAGCACAGAAUGCUUCACAGGCUGCCAGCAGGAUCCGGGCAGAGGCGGAUGUAACCAAGGACCGUGCCAUGGAUCUCAAAGACGAGGCCGAUAAUCUGGCUGGACAAGUGAACACCACAGAUGUCAAACUGACCAACCUGGAGAGUCAGGCUGAUGAGGAUUCCAGGCUGAUAGACGAGGCCUUGCAGAAGGCAGCUCAAGCAAAGAACGAUGCCAAAAAUGUGUCUGAACAGGUGAUUGCUGCCCUGGGCACAGUACAGAACAUCUCACGCCUCCUUGGACAACUUGAUGAUGUUGACAUCGCCAAACUUGAUGCCCUUCAGGCUGCACUUGACAAUGCUGAGCAGGAGCUGAUUGAUGCAGACCUUGACAACCAAUACAUGAAACUAGAGAAAGCUAAUGAUGAAAUUAAACGAUUGGUGGCCGAGCAUGAGAAUGAUUACAACAUGCUGAAGGAAGACGUGGACAAUAUAGAACAAAUCAAACUCUCCCUGCCUGACGGCUGCUUCAAAAACAUUGAUAUUGAGUCUCCACCUGGCCAAUAAUUAUGAUAAAUAGAUAGGUCAGAGGUCAGACUAGAGAGAACAGGUCAGUGGGUGAUGGUCAAAUGUAGGAUGAAAAAUCAAAUGUUAUUGGAUCAAAAUCAAUCAACAGUAAAAGUUUGUGGUUAGUAUUGAUAGACAAGGAUUAUUGAUGGAAACCUCCUCCUCCAUUUUAUUUAGUUAUGACAAUCCGGUGAUAUAUACAGGCUUACCAAUCAUCACUCAGCACACAACCUGGAACUAGGAAACACUGUCUGUGGUCCAGGCCUCAUCAUCCUUGACCCAGGGAACACCCUUCGUCUUGGGAAACAUCCUCUGUGGUCCAGGAAAGUCAUCCCUGGCCAUGGGAAACUCCAUCCUUGGUCCGGGAGCCAUUUUGGCUGAGGAAAAACACCAUUCCUGGCCUAAAAGUCUCCCUUUCUGCCUGUGUUCCUAAUUACAGGUCAUCAAUACUAACCACAGCAAGUAUAGGGUAUGUGCAAAUACUCGACCAAAGAUGGUUUUAGAACUUGUUCGCUCAAUAGCGAGAUGUGAAUGAUAGUGUUUCGUCAUACAUGUAGCAGUAGAGAUAACUAUGUAGGUGACAAAUCUGUCCUCUCUCUAAGUCUUAUGCUCUACCAUGAUUAAUGUAUCGGGGUGAGGAAGUGUAUAGAAAUGAUGCCUUAUCAAUAUACAGGUGUUAAGUCUUACCUGAUCGGUAUCCAGGUGAAAAAGUCUAUAAUGUGUGGCGCUGCCAGAUGUACCUGGUAUGUGUCCAAGUGAGAAAGUGUCGAUGAUGUUUUGAGUUUUAGUGAGGAUGUUUUGAUUGUCUAGAUCACUCAACAGUCACCUGUCCUUAACUUUCUUGUACGUGUCUGUCUGCCUUUGGACAUCAGAAACAGAAGUACAGAUACACUAACGUAAUCUACCUGGUGUUCAUUAAAUUUAAGUAGUGUUUAGAAUCUCUAGAUGACUUGAGUAACAUUUUAACUCAAUAAAAUUAUAUGGAAAUCCAUUUUAUGAUAUUUAAUUUUAUUUCAUGUUGAAUUUUUAAAUAAAUUUGUUAACCGAGGGCGAGAAAAUAUACAAAAUUGUAAUAAUUGUGAAUUUUGUCAAGUAUGACAUGACAUAUGGUAUAUUUAACUUGUAGUUUCUGUCCGACACAGGUUGUCGUGUUUACUUUCACUUUCCUAGUAUUUAUUAUGGUUAGGUUGUGGCCAGCAAUGACCAAGUUUUCUAGUGUAACUGUAGGUUGUUAGCGACACAUUCAUCGGCUGUGUGGAACCUCUUUGAUAUUAGUGUUGUUUACUGCAUUUACAAUUAUCCUGUCAACCUUGAAAAACGGUAAUGCACAUGCCGUUAUCAAUUGUUCCAAUAUAUGUCAAGGGGGAGACCGCAUUUUUUCAUUUCAAUGGUACUACAAAAUAUUUGGCAAGAAAUUAAUUUUAUGAAAUAUUGUUCAAAAAGCAAUUUUACAAAAAAAAUAGGAAUAGGAAAAAUCAAAUUUUAGAUGCAAGGGAUGUAAACAUUAUAAAACCAUAAGUUAUAAUUGAUAGGUAAGUAGGAAUAACCCUUCUAAAUAUAAAAUGGUAUUGAAAACCAACCACAUUAAACUUUGAAAGCCUUCAUGUGAACCCUUAUUCUAUCGAAACUCUACCUAAUAUUUUGUGGUUCUGUUGUAUUUCUGUUGUCCUAGGAUUUCAUAUGGUGCUAUAUAAAAUAUGUACAUACACAAACUCAUAACUCUUUUGUAUCGUUUGUACGGGUUUGACUGUGUUGGACCUGUAGUAUCGACUGUUGAUGUUAUUUCCUACUGUAUACUUUAUCUGUACACAAACACAGGUGAAUGAGAGUCUAUUUCUACUUUUCUUAUCUUCUCUAUUACAUUUUUAUGACGAUACAAAAAUGCUUACGUUUUCAAUUUUUAUUCAAAUUUUACCAAAGAAAUCUGUCAUGUUGACGUAUUUUAUAUAAAUAUAUUUAACUUUAUUUUGAAUUUAGAAGUUUGUGUUCGACUACGAUGUGUGAUAUUGGUGUUGAAUUUUAAUCCUGGACAAAUAUGCAGUUGUAUCUUAUCUUUGAUCAUUGUUUCGUUCAGUGUAAAAGGAAGGAGUUGUGGUAAUUUAUUAUCGAUGUAAAGUCCUUUGGAACAGAACUUGGCUACAGCCCUCUUAUAUCACAGCUGUUGCAACUGUAUUGGAGGGUAAGCUCUCUAGAACACAGUAUGCCACCAGCUGUUUAAGGGUAAUUCUUAAAACAAGACAUUGCAUCUGUGUAUGUCCUCUAGAUGUAAAUGUUUAACUGUGGUAUCUUAUCUAGAUAUAUAUAGCUGACCUAUUUUACUUGUGUACAGACAUGACUGAAUAUUGUCACAUUACUGUCUAAAUUCAUAAUCGGCUGCUGAAAACAAAAUAUUCAUAGUUUUUUACUUCUUUCUGAGUGAUUUUUGUCAAUUUUACCUAGAUAUGCAUAAUUGAUUGAUAUUUGUAGAAAAAAGGACAAUUAUUUUUCAUAUGUUUUUUUUAUCAUGAUUGAUGUUUGUAGAAAAGAAAUCAUUGAUUCAUGUUUUUUUUAUUUGAUUUGCAUGUCAUUUUCAUGUACUUUUAGCUUUCUUUUUCUUAGAUGUUAGUAGAAUGUUAUGAAGAAUUUUCAAACAAUCUUUAAUGACAUUUUAUUUGUGCCAAAUAUUUAAGCCAUUUGAUAAGGUGUCUGUAGCUGAGAUACGACUGCCUUUUGAUGAAACUUAAAAUUUUAAUUGUUUUUGGAUAGACAGAAUUUUUGUCCAUCAAAUUUGAUUCACACUCAAAAUCUGGACCAACAAUUGACACCAAUAGGAUAGAUGUCAUCUUUUGAUGAAAAAAAAUUAAAUUUGAUUUGAGGCAAAGUAACUUUGAUAAUUGCAACAUGUUCUGUAUAAACUUUUCCAUGAAGAACAGGAUAAAGAAGUUGCAUCUUCUUAAACAUAUCAUUGAAUUAUAUACACCUUUGUAUGUUAGGUCAGUCGAAGUAUACUGUAGUCUGUUAUAUAUACUCAUGUACAGUACUCCGAUGUAAGUGUUCAUUUUAUGUACAUUGAUACAUACUUAAUUGUACACUAUGUAACGGUACAUGGUAGAAUAAUGUAAUUGUACAAUUAGUUUACACUCUACAAUUAAUGUAUUACUUGUAUUUUUGCAAAUUGUACAACAAUAUGUAUAACUUGUUAUAACUUUGUAUUUGUACACAUUGUACAAUUGUAUGUAUAACAUGUUAUAACAUUGUAUUUGUACAAUUAAAUGUAUAACUUUUUAUAACAUUGUAUUUGUACAAUUAAAUGUAUAACUUGUUAUAACAUUGUAUUUGUACAAUUAAAUGUAUAACUUGUUAUAACUUUGUAUUUGCACAAUUAAAUGUAUAACUUGUCAUAGCAUUGUAUUUGUACAAUUAAAUGUAUAACUUGUUAUAACAUUGUAUUUGUACAAUUAAAUGUAUAAUUUUGUACACAUUGUACAUGUAUAACUUGUUAUAAUUUUGUAAAUGUGUACACUGUACAAUUAAAUGUACAACUUGUUAUAUCUACAUGUAUGUAUGUUUGUACACACUUGUAUACCCUGCUGUAAAUUACAUGCUUGAUAAAUCCUAUACGUGGCCUUGUAUGUGUUGUUGGGCCAAGUUGCAUUGUCUCCAUUUGUACCAUCCUAGACAAGACCAGACCAUACCUUCGAUGGCUGUUGUCCUUCCCUUUUAUUUCAAUUGGAAAAUAGUUCAAUAUGUUGUGAUUCUAAACAAACCUAUUACGGUCCCAAAUUAGCAAUGCUCUCUAUGCAGUCUUGUAAUGCCAUUAUCAAUAAAACUUUUCAAGAAAAAAAUA